AUGCAAGUAAUAACAGCUGAUAAAAUAGGCUUAUUAAAAUAUAUACAAUGCAGGACAAAGAGUUCUGUUAUUCAACAGGAACUCCACCCUCAUUUGAGUAGAACAGUUAACAACAUGACGUGGUCUGGAGGAUAUGGAGGAUAUGAAGAAUCAGAAAUAACUCUAUGUAGAACGAAUGGACUAGUUGAAAGCUUUGAAUUUUAUGAGAAAGAAGAAAGUCCCUAUAUUAGUGAUACGUGCUCCUUAUCAUUUUUAAGCUGUAAUAACUGUAUUUAUACAAGGAUGCUGAACCAUCAUCAUAGUAUAAUAUAUGAUGAUUUAUUUAAUAAAGACAAAGAAAAGUACAAAAAUUACUCAAAUAUUAUGCCUUUAUAUACGUGUGCCAAAAUAAUAAAAAAUGGUAUAUAUAAAGACUAUCUAUUAAAUGAUAGACUUUUAGUUACAGUAAGUAAUAGCGGACAUGUAAAUGUGUUGAAAUGGGGAAAUGGCGAUAAGUUUAAAUAUCUUUUAAAUAAUAAAGACGAAAUAAAAUACCAAAAUGAUAAGGACAAAAGAAUUCAAGUUUACUUGAAAAAUUAUAAGAAUGAUAUACUGGACAAUAUUCAAUUUAAACAAAUUGACGAAAAGGAUAGUACAAAUAUAAUUAUUAGAAAAAAUGAGUAUGCAAAUAUUAACAUUGAAGAUAUAUGUAAAGAAUAUCAUUAUAAUAAUAUGAUAUCAAAAGAAAACAUAAUACAAUCUUAUAUUUUAAGUAAUCCAGUUGAUGCAUCUUGUGUUAAUGAAUUAUUAACAAAUCGACUAGCUAUCGGUGGUUAUAAAAAUUGCUUAAAGGUAUUUGAUUUAUUUUCUGGUACUUAUUUAUGGAAAUCUAGAAAUUUAGGAAUAAGUUUAUUAAAUAUAAAUUGUGAAACACUUAUAAAAUCUAUAAAUUUUCUCAAUGAUAUAAAUGUUAAUGUAUUAGCAGCUGCAACAUAUGAUCAAAAAAUUAUACUUUAUGAUAUGAGAUGCCAAAAUAAACCUGUUUAUAUUUAUGAUCAUUAUAAGACUAAAAAUGUUAGCAAAAGUAAAUUCAACUAUUUUGAUCAUAAUUAUUCGGAGAGUGAUCUUGUUUUCACAUCCAUAUGUAAUAACCCUCAUAUAUAUACAGAAGAACAGUAUAACAGUACCAUGGGUGUACACGUUACUACUAAUGUUAACAAAAAAAAUCAAGAUGAUAACACAAUAGUAGCAAACGGACAAACUACAAAUCUCAUACAAGAAGAAACGAAAAACUCUUCAAUAAUAAAUGAAGUACAUAACGUAGAGCAUUUCCCCAGUUCUGCGGAAGGACAGAUAUUCGCUAAAUUUAACAUACAGGAGUUACAGUCAAGGAACAUGAAAAUUUUUGACAACAUUCGAAAAGGGAAAGAACCACUACCAAAAGAAGAACCAGCAGUAGGAACAGUAGCAGCAGAAGCAGAGGUGAACGCACAGGUAGAUACAACCUUACGAAAUGCAAAAAGAAGAAAAACGGACACAACACUUUUAAACAUUGACCCCAAGGAAAACCUUCCAAAUCGACUUCUUACUCCCCUUCAUAUUAAAAAAGAAGAGAACUGUAAAAAUUAUCUAAUAAAAAAAUUUGCUUAUAGAGACAGUCAGAAUAUGUUUGUUUCAGAUAAUUAUGGCAAUGUAUACAAAUUUGAAAUUUUAACUGGAGAUAAAUUAUUAAAUUAUAUUUAUAUGAAAAAGUGCUCACAUGAAAACGUUGCGUAUGAAAAAGAGGGGGACUGGGAAAAAAAAAAGGAUGAUUAUUUAAUAAAAAAUAAAGAACAAUUAUACAAAUUUUACAAAGAAUAUCAAAAAAAUAAUAAAACUCACAUGAGAAAUGAUUUACCUGUUAUGUGGGCUAAAGAUAAUUUCGAUCAAUUUUUAAUUACAUUUAUUAAAAAAUUUAAAAUUCAUAAUGGAGCCAUAUCGUCUUUAAGUUUACAUAAGGGAAAAAACUUACUUUGCUCAGCAAGUUACGACAGAUUUAUAAGCAUAUUAAAUAUAGAAAAAGGAGAAAUUAUUAAACGGGUACAUGUUGGGCAUGUACUAACUAGCUGUUUGUUGCAUUCGAAAUUUAUUCUUGAAAAUGAACAUCAAAUGGAGCAAGAACAGCAUACAGAAGCUGCUCCUUCGUUAUAUUUAACCGAUUCCUCCAUCGAGACGUGCGAUUAUUUAGGUGAAUACAGAAGGGUGAACAAUGGAAAUUCCAAAAUGGACACAUCUGUUGGUAGCCAGUCGUCUAAUGAGGAGGACGAGGAAGAAUAUGCGGCAUAUGACGAUGAGGAUGAAGAAGAAGAGGAUGAGAAAAAUGAAAAUGAAGAAGAAGAGGAUGAGGAAGAAGAGGAUGAGGAAGAAGAGGAUGAGGAAGAAGAGGAUGAGGAAGAAUAG